AUGUUAUGUCCUUUCCUUGGACUUCUUGCUGGCUCAGCAACUCACCUUAUGCGGCUGCCCAAGGUACCUCUCUUAGAGAGGGUACCAGCCACUUCUUUGGAUACGAAUCCAGAUCUGGCAGAGAGUGGAGGAAGGGCCAGGCAAUCUAGACCACCUCCUUGCCUGCGUUCCAGUCCCAUCUUGCAAAAGAAACCACCUGUCAGGGACCAGACUGCCUCUGAUGUUGUCUGCACUCAUUCUGAGCCUUCUUCCCCUGGUUUCAGGGACACUGGAGGCACUGCAGAACUUCUCAGUUGUACUGCAUCUGACUUUUGGAUCAGUGGGCUCAACUGA